CUGCUGUGGGAGCAGGAGCAGGGGCUGGAGUUGGUAGGAGCGGAGGUGGCUCUUCGUGCGGCGAAGGGAGCGCCCUGGAGGGGGUCGCAGGCAGCCCGCUUUGUCCGUAGCGAGGGGGUGGGACAGUGGUAAAGGGACGUGCCGACAGGCAGCUGCCGCAGCCAAUCAAGCUCCACCCCUCUACUCCCCGGUGCGCGGGAGCGGGCGCGUGUGAAGCGCCGCGCAUGCGCGCUGGCUGAGGGGUGGAGGCCAGCGAGCGGUCAAACUUUUGCUAUGGCAGGCCAUGGCGGGGCCGAGACGGUGCUGUUUAAACGCGGCGCCGGGCAGAGCGACGAUUCGGACAUCUGGGAUGACACCGCCCUGAUAAAGGCGUACGACAGAGCGGUGGCGUCAUUUAAGAAUGCUCUAAAGAAUGGUGAGUGUUCAGAGCCUUCAGACAAACAAGAACAAUGCUCAGGGACAAAGAGAAAAAAUAAUAAAAAGAACAGAAGUAGGAAGAAAAGCAACGCAGCACCAUUGAAGCAGUGGAAAGUUGGUGAUGCCUGUAGUGCAGUUUGGUCUGAGGAUGGCAAUGUGUACCUAGCAACUAUUGCCUCGAUCGAUCAGAAGAGAGGGACCUGUGUUGCUGUUUACACUGGGUAUGGAAAUAGGGAAGAGCACAAUCUAUCUGAUCUGCUUCUUCCAAACACCGUUGAAAAAGAAAACAAGGAGCAGAAUGCCGGGGAGAAUGAAAAUGAGACUCAGUAUUCAACAGAUGAAAGUGAGAAGUCCUUCCAGUCACCUGGAAACAAAUACAACUCUACAAAAUUAAAAUCCUCUCACUGGAACUCCCAUUUUCCACCUCCACCACCACCAGGCCUGGGAAGGUCUGGACCAAAAUUUAGUGGACCACCACCUUUCUUAUCAAGCUGCCCCCCACCAUUCCCAACAGGACCUCCGCUUCUGGGGUUUGUAUUCAGGAUCACAGGGAGUACGUUUCUAUUAUGGAAUUCACAAGGAUAGAGUGAGUAAGAUCUGUUUUAUACAGAGUUUUUAUACUGGUCUAACUAUUUAAGUUUGGUUAAGGAAAUGUAUAUGUAUUGCAAAGAAAGGGCCUGACUAGCAAGUAGGAGGAAGGCCUUGAAAAUAAUAAGUGGUAAAGCCAGAAGGAAUAAAGUAUUGAGGAUGUCUGAUUCAAUAACAAGUAACUAAUAACAUGAGGGGAAGUUUCUAAAAAAGCAGCCUCUGACUGAGAGAGAGGGGGUGUGACUACAGAUGGUUUUAAAUCAAACAAAGAGAAUGUCUUAAAAUGAGCCAACAUAGCCCUUCCCCAACCCCCACACCAGUGUUUAAGCCUAAGUGCAAUGGGAAAACUGUUGGACAGCAAGGAGGAGAGGCGGAAAACCCUUGGGAAGAAAGGAGAUUGUAAAUCUUAUCUGGAUUAAGACAAAAUAAGGAUGAAUUGUCUCAAAUUGGUCUUUAACUGAAGUUGGUAAUUGGCAAUGACAUCACUUGUUGGUUAAAGGGUAUAAAAAAAUAAACUCUUUAAUACCUGAUUGACAUUUUGGAACUGACCAAUAUGGGUCUGAGUACCCUGGGGAUAGCCCAUUUUGUAAGUAUCUUCAUCAAAUGCUUACAGUGUUUUGUUACUGUUGGAAUGUAAUAAAUUGCUUAUUAUUUAGGCAUGUUUAGAGCAACUACAUAUAGUACCAGGUUUCAGAGUAGCAACCAUGUUAGUCUGUAUCUGCAAAAA